UCAUCCGGUCUUUUUCUCAGUUGAAAGCGCACUAGCGGUGAACGGUUCACGCGCAUCAGCCCCAGCAUUAUCCAAACGCAAAACAAUCUUAAGUCAUGGCAAACCCCAGAGUUUUCUUCGAUCUCGCCGCAGACGGAAAGGCGGUUGGGAGAGUGAUCAUGGAGCUAAAAGCUGACGUUGUCCCUAAAACAGCAGAGAACUUCAGGCAGCUGUGUACAGGACAGAAUGGCUACGGCUACAAAGGAUCCACCUUCCACCGUGUCAUCCCUGGUUUCAUGUGCCAGGGCGGCGACUUCACAAAACACAACGGAACUGGUGGAAAGUCCAUUUACGGAAACAAGUUUGCGGAUGAGAACUUCAUCCUGAAACACACCGGUGCCGGAUGUCUGUCCAUGGCCAAUGCUGGCCCCAACACCAAUGGUUCCCAGUUCUUC